AUGGCCUCCCAUUGGACAUAUGGCGAAAAUUUUCACUUCUGGUCUCACGUCAUACCAGAGAUGUUUGAUGACUCUGACCCUCCUGGACAAAAUUUUACAUGGGGCAGAGCUGCGGAGAUGAUGAAGGAAAAAUAUGGGCAAACAUUCCGAACUUACAAGGGAGGUACCUUGUCAUCACGUUACAGCCGUAAAAGAGAUGCAUAUGGCAAGAUAUACUCGGGAAAAGCAUUGGCUAAAAAGGUUGUGGAGAGUCUUCCAGGUCAACAGGCUGUGGAGAGUCUUCAAGGGGAAGACUCAGGCGCGACAAAGGAACAAUAA